AUGCGUACAACGUAGCCGAGGGGGGGGGCUGGGCAGGGAAAAAAAAAAAAAAAAAAGCGACAACAAAAUCCACUGAAACCUGCUGCAUCUCCCGCAAAGGAAUCCCAGGCAGAAGGGAUAAACCCCACUGGGGCGUGGUUGCUCGUGAUCUUGCGCCUGUCAUUUGGGUCUUGCUCUGCAGACCCUUAGGACCACCGGGCUCCAGCGCAACUAUGAACUUGGAGCGGGUAUCCAAUGAGGAGAAGUUGAACCUGUGCCGGAAGUACUAUCUUGGUGGAUUUGCAUUCCUGCCUUUUCUCUGGUUGGUCAACAUUUUCUGGUUCUUCAGGGAGGCGUUCCUCGCCCCAGCCUACACAGAGCAGAGCCAAAUCAAAGGCUAUGUGUGGCGCUCAGCUGUGGGCUUCCUCUUCUGGGUGAUUGUCCUCACCACCUGGAUCACCAUCUUCCAGAUCUACCGGCCCCGCUGGGGUGCUCUUGGGGACUACCUUUCCUUCACCAUUCCCCUGGGCACUCCCUAACAACUUCAUAAGCUGCUGAUCCGUUCUUUCUCCCAGGAUGAAGGCUUCUCUGCUCUAAGCUUUCCCUCAGACCCUGAAGACCUCUGUUUCUCAUUUCCCAUCUGCCCCAAUAAAGGACUCUAACUUUAAA